AUGGACACUAUCUCAAAUACAACCAACCUUAAAACUACCAUUUCCAAUACUGGUAAAAGAAAUUCUGAAGUUAUGGGCACCCUCAUCGAUUCAACUGUUCAUGCAAUCAACACCAGCAACAUUAAUGCAGCCAUUUCUGCGAUUAUGUUCAAUGACACAAAUACAACAACUCCUGGAACUAUAAUAAAUGAAACCAAUAUUAACAUGAAAAUAAUGAGGAUCAAUGUGACAGAUUCAAAUAUCCUUGAAACUAAAGGGACCAAUGCCGCUGUAGCUGAACCUGAAAAUGCUGACAACAAUACCAAUCUAACUCUUCCUGAGACAAUAGUCAGGAAAGCCAAUACAUUUACUUUUGGGAGUUUGGAAAACAAAAUCAACAUAGGUGUUCCUAUAAUAAUGGACAAUGAUGCCAUUUUGACCACGCUUGAAUCUAGAGAUACAAAUUUCAAUGCAACCCUUUCUGAAUUAAUGGAUAACGAGUCAGUUUCAAACAUUGCUGGAACUAAUGGCAUAUACAAUGAUACAGCUGCUCCUGAACAUAACAGCAUUUACUCUGAAAUACUCACUACUGGAACAUUGGACAAAGACAAAAGCAGAAGGAACCGUGGAACUCGGAGCAUCCAAACAAUUGCAACUCCUCAAGAGAUUACAGGUAAUGACAAUGACUCAAUCAUUCAUGAAAAUAGAAUCAUUGACCAAGCUGAAGCAACCCAAGGAACUCUAAGUAUUGAUUCCAAUACAACCACUCCAGAGUCUGUGGGCACCACUAUAAAUACACGUGCUGCCAAGACUAUGCCAUCCAGAACUGAUAUAACCAUGUCUGGUAAACAGGGCAAUAGCACGAACAAUGACAUGUCAGCCACUAUCCACACCCAUAGAAACAUAAUUACACCUAAAAUGCUGAAUAUCCAAACUAAUAUGAUGAUUCCUGAAAACAUGGUUACAGAGUCCAAUAUGAUUCCUACAACGAUGACGACCGACUCGAAUACAAUUGCUCCUAUAAACAUGUUCAUCCAAAACAAUACAACCACUCCCAAAAUCAUGUCCACCCAUACCAAUACAACUACUCCUGAAAUUGUGUCCACCCACACCAUUGCAACUGCUCGUGAAACCAUGUCCACCCUCAUUGAUACAACUGCCCCUGAAACCAUGUACCCCCACACCACUGCAACUGUUCCUAAAACUAGGCCCACCCUCAUCAAUACAACUGCUCCUGAAUCCAUGCCCCCUCGCAUCAAAAUAACUGGUCCUGAAAUUGUGUCCACCAAUACCAACACAAUUUCUGCUGAAGCCAUGUCCACCCCCAUCAAUACAACUACUACUGAAACAAUGGCCAUCCACAUCAAUACAACUGCUCCUGAAACCUUGUCCAUCCACACCAAUACGACUGCUCCUGAGAACAUGUCCAUCCACACCAAUACAACUGCUCCUGUAACUGUCCCCCCCCACACCAAUACCACUGCUCCUGAAACCGAGUCCCCCCACACCAAUACAAGUGCUCCUGAAACCACGUCCACCCACAUCAACACAACUCCUGAAACCAUGUCCACCCACACCAACACAACUCCUGAAACCAUGUCCAUCCACACCAAUACAAGUGCUCCUGAAACCAUGUCCACCCACACCAACACAACUCCUGAUACCAUGUCCAUCCACACCAAUACAACAGCUCCUGAAACCAUGUCCACCCACACCAAUCUAACUGCUUCUGAGACCAUGUUCACGCAGACCAAUACAACAGCUCCUGAAACCAUGUCCAUCCACAUCAAUACAAUUACUCCUGAAACCAUGUUCACCCACAGUGAUUCAACAGAUCCUGCUAUCAGGUCCAUACACACCAAUCUAACUGCAUCUGAAAUUACAUACCCCCACAUCAAUACAACUACACCUGAAACCAUGUCCACUCGCAUCGUUUCAACAUCAUCUGAAUUCAGGUCCACAUACACCAAUCUAACUGCUCCUGAAACCAUGUCCACCCAGAACAAUAUAAAUGUUCCAGAAACCAUGUCGACCCACAUCAAUGCAACUGCUCCUGAAAUCAGGUCCAUCUCCACCAAUACAACUAUUCCUGAAACCAUGACCAUCCACACCAACACAACUGCACCUGAAACCGUGUCCCUCCACAUCAAUACAACUGCACCUGAAACCAUGACCCCCUACACCAAUAAAACUGCUCCUGAAAUUGUGUCCACCCACUCCAAUUCAACUUUUCCUGAAACUAUGUCCAUCCACACCAAUACAACUGCUGCUGAGAACACAUCCACCCAGACCAACAAAACAGGUCCUGAAACUAUGUCUACACAAACCAAUCCAACUGUUCCUGAAUCCAUGACCAUCCACACCAAUACAACUGCUCCUGAAACCACGUUCACCCAGACCAAUACAACUGCUCCUGAAAUCAGGUCCUUAUACACCAAUACAACUGCUCCUGAAACCACGUCUACCCACACCAAUACAACUGUUCCUGAAACCAUUUCCAUCCACACCAAUACAACUGCUCCUGAAACCAUGUUCACACAGACCAAUGCAACAGCUCCGGAGAUCAAGUCCAUACACACCAAUAGAACUGCUUCUGAAACCAUGUCCACCCAGAACAAUAUAACUAUUCCUGAAAACAUGUCCAUCCACACCAAUACAACUGCUCCUCAGACCAUGUCCACCCACACCAAUAGAACUGCUGGUGAAACCUUGUCCACCCACACCAAUACAACAGCUCCUGAAACCAUGUUCACACAGACCAAUACAACUGCUCCAGAGAUCAGGUCCAUACACACCAAUACAAUUGCUCGUGAAACCAUGUCCACCCACACCAAUACAACUGUUCCUCAGUCCAUGUCCAUCCACACCAAUAGAACUGCUUCUAAAAUCAUGUCCAUCCACACCAAUAGAACUGCUCCUGAAACCAUAUUCACCCAGACCAAUACAACAGCUUCUGAAUUCAGGUCCACAAAAACCAAUCAAACUGUUCCUGAAAUCAUGUUCAUCCAGACCAAUAUAACUACCCCUGAAACUAUGUCCAACCAUGACAUUAUAACUGUUCAUGAAACCAUGCCCAGACACAUAGAUUCAACAGCUCCUGAAAUCAGAUCCAUCCCCACCAAUACAAAUAUCCCUGAAACCAUGACCAUUCACACCAAUACAACUGCUCCUGAGAACACACCCACCCAGACCAAUAAAACAGGUCCUGAAACUAUGUCUUCACUCACUAAUACAACUGCUCCUGACACCAUGUCCACCCACACCAAUACAACUGUUCCUGAAACCAUGCCCAUCCACACCAAUAAAACUACUCCUGAAACUAUGACCAUCCACACCAAUACAACUGCUCCUGAAAUUAUGUCCAUCCACAUCAAUACAACGACACCUGAAACAAUGUCCAUCCACACCAAUACAAUGGCACCCGAAAUUAUAUCCAUCCACACCAAUACAAAUGCUCCUGAAACCAUGACCAUCCACACCAAUACAACUGUUUCUGAAUCCGUGUCCACCCACACCAAUACAACUGUUCCUGAGACCAUGUCCACCCACACCAAUACAACUGCUCCUGAGAACACAUCCAACCAGACCAACAAAACAGGUCCUGAAACUAUGUCCACACAAACCAAUCCAACUGUUCCUGAAUCCAUGACCAUCCACACCAAUACAACUGCUCCUGAAACCAUGUCCACCCACAUCAAUACAAUUGCUCCUGAAACCAUGUCCAUCCACACCAAUACAACUGCCCCUGAAACCAUGUUAAUCCACACCAAUGUAACUGCUCCUGAAACCACGUUCACCCAGACCAAUACAACUGCUCCUGAAAUCAGGUCCUUAUACACCAAUACAACUGCUCGUGAAACUAUGUCCACCCACAUCAAUACAACUGCUCUGGAAACCAUGUCCAUCCACACCAAUACAACUGCUCCUGAAACCAUGUCUACCCACACCAAUACAACUGUUCCUGAAUCCAUUUCCAUCCACACCAAUACAACUGCUCCUGAAACCAUGUUCACACAGACCAAUGCAACAGCUCCAGAGAUCAGGUCCAUACACACCAAUACAACUGCUCCUGAAACCAUGUCCACCCAGAACAAUAUAACUAUUCCUGAAAACAUGUUCAUCCACACCAAUACAACUGCUCCUCAGACCAUGUCCACCCAUACCAAUAGAACUGCUGGUGAAACCUUGUCCACCCACACCAAUACAACUGCUCCUGAAACCAUGUUCACACAGACCAAUACAACUGCUCCAGCGAUCAGGUCCAUACACACCAAUACAAUUGCUCGUGAAAUCAUGUCCACCCACACCAAUACAACUGCUCCUCAGUCUAUGUCCAUCCACACCAAUAGAACUGCUCCUGAAACCAUAUUCACCCAGACCAAUACAACAGCUUCUGAAUUCAGGUCCACAAAAACCAAUCAAACUGUUCCUGAAAUCAUGUUCAUCCAGACCAAUAUAACUACCCCUGAAACUAUGUCCAACCAUGACAUUAUAACUGUUCGUGAAACCAUGCCCAGACACAUAGAUUCAACAGCUCCUGAAAUCAGAUCCAUCCCCACCAAUACAAAUAUCCCUGAAACCAUGACCAUCCACACCAAUACAACUGCUCCUCAAACUGUGUCCCCCCACAUCAAUAUAACUGCCCCGGAAACCAUGUCCAUCCACAUCAAUACAACUGUUCCUGAAACCGUGUCCCCCCAUGUCAAUACAACUGCUCCUGAGAACACACACACCCAGACCAAUAAAACAGGUCCUGAAACUAUGUCCUCACACACCAAUACAACUGCUCCUGACACCAUAUCCACCCACACCAAUACAACUGUUCCUGAAACCAUGUCCACCCACAUCAAUACAACUGCUCCUGAGAACACACCCACCCAGACCAAUAAAACAGGUCCUGAAACUAUGUUUUCACACACUAAUACAACUGCUCCUGAAACCAUGACCAUGCACACCAAUACAACUGCUCCUGAAACCAUGUCCAUCCACAUCAAUACAACAGCACCUGAAACAAUGUCCAUCCACACCAAUACAAUGGCACCCGAAACUAUAUCCAUCCACACCAAUACAAGUGCUCCUGAAACCAUGUCCAUCCACACCAAUACAACUGUUCCUGAAUCUAUGUCCACCCACACCAAUACAACUGUUCCUGAGACCAUGUCCACUCACAUCAAUACAACUGCUCCUGAAACCAUGUCCAUCUACACCAAUAGAACUACUCCUGAAACCAUGUUCACCCAGACUAAUACAACAGCUGCUGAAAUCAGGUCCUUACACACCAAUACAAAUGCUCAUGAAACCAUGUCCACCCACAUCAAUGCAACUGCUCCUGAAACCAUAAACCAUGUCCACCCACAUCAAUGCAACUGCUCCUGA